CUCAAAUAUUUUUAUUCUGCUGCACUGAUCAGUGCUCAACACAAGUUGACGCUUGAGACUAUCAUUUUUUGGGUCUCUUUGUUCUUUGAUCUACCUGCAGGCAUGGGAACUCGCGGGUACUACGUGCUCCGUUAUCGGAACCUUUAUUUCGCUCGAUACCACCAUCAUGAUAGCUAUCCAGAUGGGCUUGGUGUACAGGCACUUCAGUCUGUGCGGCACCCCAAUGCUAUCACGACCUAUCGGCAGGAGUUGGGAGAAAUCCUAGACGGUUUGGAAAGCCCUUCGCAUUUUCCAGUAUUGAUAGAAGGUGGUGAAGAUCUCUUGCCCCCCUCCAGGCUGCGGCCAGAAACUGACAUCAUGAUCGAGUGGGUCUACGAAAUCGAUCUUGAUUGCAGUAUAUUCCACAUAAAUGGGAUGCCCUUUUUUUCCUUGGAAUGCCUGCCAGACGAUAGGGCUUUUAUCCAAUACAUCUCCAAAGAUCAUUAUGGCCACCUAGCUUGUGCAUCACAAUGCCCCCCUAAGCACAAGUACAAGAGGCCAACACCGCCAACUGUCGACAAUUCUGACCUCGCGACGUACCAAUCUUUGAUGUGCACUGGGUCUCAUGUGGCUUUGAGUAACCUGCUCGCCAUUAAUGACUUCCCGACUCCAGACGAGCAUAUUCGGGUCUCAUUACUAGAGGUCAUGGUUGGGCAGUGCAUGAUUGACCCAGUCAUUGGCAAGGAUAUCUACGAUAUUGAGCUCGUAUCUGAUCACAAUCAACUCACGGACGACCAAUGGUCAAUCGCUUUCUUCAUGGCCAACAUUGCAUUUGUUCCUCCGAUAUUCGACAAUAUCAUGCACGUUUGCCAUCCCAAGCUGAGCCGAAAAGAGUUCACAUGGGUUCGCGAAGACACUGUCGUUUGCAUUGCAUCACAUCUAGACGAUGAGCGAUGCCUACAGGCCUCUGUGUCACGCCUGAUCAAUGCAAUCAUGGAGCAGACGGAUAAUCUUGGUGAUUACUUUGGAAUUGCAUUUUCCGUCUACCAUUGUGCACUCGUCAAAGUCGUCAAAGAUGCACACACGAUGACAUUCAGCCAUACAAGCGCCCUCCAGUUUUUACCAUCAUUCUACGCAGAUUCACCUUCUACACCAGGGAUCACUGCUCUCGCUCGUCUUGGCUUUCGCAUCGACCCCGCACUCUUUGAGCGCUCGGUGGAAAUUUGCCAUUACAAUCGUUUCAUGACGGAGGAAUCGUUAUCUCAGGGAGGUGAUGGCAGUGAUGAUGUGCCACCCAAUAUCACAUGUCCACCACUGCCUCCUGAGCUUUGGAAAGAGAUUGCCCUUCAUCUCCAUUCCUCUGAACUCAUCCCCUUCGGGUUGGUCUCGAAACUAUUCCGUGAAGUAGCCUCGAUGAUACUCCGCUAUCCCCACCUCUGUGGAUAUCGCUUAGUCGCUGCUCCCAGAAGGAAACCAAGAUAUCUCCAGCAUCAGCACCUCUCUCUGCAUGGUGCAUCUUUUUCUGCUGUGCGAGCCGGUAUUCCUACUACUGUGCUUCUUGGAUUGGAGUUUAGAGAUAAACCAUCGGAGAGUCUGGCCACUCCGCUCAGUGUUAGAGGUUCCUCGCUUUGGGUGCUUUUCCAGCCACUUCCUGAGGAGCUCGCUGGAGAUGGAAACCCAUAGCUCAUGUGGUGACUAGAGACCCCCAUGUGAUGACCUGUCGCCUAAUGUCUUCAAUCCGGGAGCACACAUGGGUUCCUUGACUCAUAUAGUUGAUGUAUCAUACUAAGGCACCGCUACGAGUUAGACGAUUGUCAAGUCAAGUUCGCAAUGGCAUUUCUUUUUUUACGUCACAAGACAAAUGCGAUUUGUGUAAAAUGUGAACACUGGUGCGCUUGGCGAAUACAAGUUUACUGG